UGACGCUCAUGCUGAAUGUGAAGAAGCAGCUCCACGAACUAAAGACGUUGAUGGUGUAAGACAGUUCAUUCUUUAAUUAGCUGGUGGAUUCAUAAGGCAUCCAAUACGGUGGAACCUUAGGAAAAUAUAAUGAAAUGACAUCUUGCUUGACAGUGAACAAAAAAUGACUGAAGAAAUAGCACAAACAAACAUUGGCUGCAUUGAAGCACAUCUGCCAGAUACCAACAAUAAGGAUGAACAUUGCCUCACAGACAGCAAAACGUUGGUCAAUGAGUCCCUUAAAUUUGAGAGCUCUGUAACUAAAGAGCAGCAAAAAACUUUGGCAGAAAAUUCAGCAAGAAUAAUCCAAAGAGCAUGGAGAAGACACAUCGAUACACAGCUGUUUAAGCAUUACAAAAACAUGAUUAAUUUCAGAGGACAAGGAAACCCUCGAUUUAUGAUGAAAUGUAUUAAUCCAAUUGAGGCAGGAUUACUGGACAGUGCUGCAGGAGUUCAUGUCCGAUUCAGACUAGGAGGAGAAACAUUUCCUCCAAAAAUCUACUACAAAAUAUUCACUCAUCGACCAAUUGUGGAUCUAUGUGCAAACAGUCCCAAAGAUUAUACACAUCCUGCUGCCAAACAGAAACCACCCAGACAAAUUCACAACCGUAACUCUGUGAAAAAACAGGAAGAUGAUCACAAUGGAUGGUACAAACGAUUGGAGAAUAAUGAUUGGAGGAGUCUUUCAGACAAGUACCUUGGAACUACAGUAGAUUAUAUGGAAUUUGAACCUAACAGAAAAAGAACAACUUUUCACCACUGCACCCUCCAGAGAAAACAAGAUGCCAAGAGAAAGCAAAAACAAAAAAAAAUUGAAUGGAUGAAAAAAAUGUACCAGGAUGGCAUACUGCAAGCCCAGACACUGAAUCCAAAUACAGCUGUCCUAGUGCAGAGAGCAACAGAAGGUUUAAUUGACAGCGUAGAGCAGAAAGGCCCUAAUUCUAUCCUUGAUUGGGAGGUGGAUGAAUUACUUGAGUGGACCAAUGCACUGAAUUUUGAAAAGUAUUUAAAUGACUGGACGGAAAUUGCUUGUAGCAGUUCCUCUGCAAAUCUUCCAGGCUCAAGAUCCCACUUUGUGGAAAAUGAUCUCUACAAACAAGUUAGAUUAUGUGUAAUGAAUACCUACGCAGCUAUGCAGGAUGCUGCACAAUAUACUAUUUAACC